GGGAGGAUGCGAGCUUUAGGAGCGGGCUGAUGUGUGGUGAGACUACAGUCUGAUCUACACACAUCCUGGGGUAGAUCCGUGUCUGGAUCAGCCUGGGACCUCCUCUUUUUUUUAGGAUCUCUCAGUGUGUGUGUGUGUGUGUGUGUGAGAGAGAGAGAGACUUUACAGCACGAGACUCCGGAGAUGUUCGGCGUGUGUGUGUGAGAUUCCGGCACAUGGAGCUCCGUAGCGCGGAACAUCCUCCGACUGUCAGCGGCUCUUCAGGCUCCAUCCGCAGAGGGACACCCCGAGCCCCUGCUGGACUCUGCCUCCGCUCGGACCCGCAGCCCCAGCAUGGGCACAAAGAAGGAGCCAGUGUGGGGAUCAGUCAGGGGCUUAGCACAGAGGAGCGCAGGAGACCGUACGGGAGUCGUUCACGGAUGAUCAGUGUUUCUAUUAACGGAGUGUUUUUUAGUGAAAAAGAAACUUUAUGAGAGAGAAUAAAGAGGGACUGCCGAGGGAGCGACUGUUUAUAGCUGCUACAAGUAAGUUAACCUGGCAAUGGGGAUCGAGGAGUUGAGUGUGCGGAACGGUCGUGCGGUGUCUGACCGCUGGGCUGACAGUGUGGUGGUGCGUCCCCGGACCCCUGAGCGCCACGUCACCGUGCACAAGCGGCUCAUGCUGGCAUUCGCUGUCUCCAUCCUCACGCUCGUGGUGGUGUCGGCUGUCGCUGUGACGCUGGCCGUCAGCUUUGAGAAAUGCGGCAGCGGUCAUGAGAUUGUGGUUUCACCUAGUACCGGCUCCAAUCAGUCACGAGAAAGAGGUAGCGAACAAAAAGGUGGGGACAUGCAGCCGUGGCGGCAUUUACGCUUACCAACAUCAGUGAGACCCCGCCACUAUGACCUCCAGCUCUCCGUCUACAUGCACAACUUCACCUUCUCUGGGGAGGUGAGCAUCGAGCUCGAGUGUUUGAACGCCACCAAGUUUGUCGUACUGCACGCUGACAAGCUGAACAUCGAAAAGGUGGCUGUGUAUUCGGAUAAUAAGAAACCAGGCGCCAUGAGGAUCCACCGGCACUUCCGGUACCCACACAACCAGCUGUACGUCAUCGCGCUGCACCGGGAAAUGAAACCCUUCAGAACGUAUAAGAUCUACGUGACUUUCCAGGCUCAGAUCCAGAACCAGUUUCUGGGAUUUUACCACACCUCCUACAUGCUGCACGGUGAGAGAAGGUACACUGCUGUGACUCAGUUCUCUCCGACUCAUGCAAGGAAAGCUUUCCCAUGUUUUGACGAGCCUGUCUAUAAAGCCACCUUCAGUGUGACACUGAGACAUGACGCUUCCUUCCAAUCCAUCUCCAACAUGCCCAUCGAGUCGUCCAGGCUGGACAAGGAUGGCUGGAUCACCAAUCGGUUCUCCAGGACGCCUCGGAUGUCCACUUAUUAUGUUUCGUGGGCUGUGUGUGACUUCGGCUCCAGACAGACGAUGACACAUAGUGGAGUGAUGAUAAGGCUGUUUGCGCGGCCCGAUGCCAUUCAAAGUGGAUCCGGAGAUUAUGUCCUGCACAUCACCAAGAGCCUCCUCAACUUCUAUCAGGAUUACUUCCAAAUCACAUAUCCGCUGCCCAAACUAGAUCUCUUAGCUGUACCGAAACACCCAUAUGCAGCGAUGGAGAACUGGGGUCUUAGUGUGUUUGUGGAGCAAAAAAUCCUGCUGGAUCCGGAUGUCUCAUCUUUCUCUUACCAGAUGGAUCUCACCAUGGUAGUGGUGCAUGAGAUCUGUCAUCAGUGGUUAGGGGACCUGGUCACUCCAGUGUGGUGGGAUGACGUGUGGAUUAAAGAGGGAUUUGCUCAUUAUUUCGAGUACCUUGGAAGCGACUUCCUCUUCCCAAAAUGGAACAUGAAACAGAGGUUCCUGACCGAUGUCCUUCAUGAAGUCAUGCUGCUGGACGGCAUGGCGACGUCUCAUCCCAUCUCACAGGAGCUUUCCCAAAUCGCAGACAUCCACAGAGUGUUCGACUGGAUCUCCUACAAAAAGGGAGCUGCGCUGAUUCGCAUGCUGGCCAACGUCAUGGGACAAAAAGCAUUUCAGAGAGGCAUCAAUGAUUAUUUAGUGAAGCACGAGUACGAAAAUACGGCCAGGGACGACUUGUGGAACUCGUUCUCACAGGCCAUGCACAGGGAAGAAAAGGAAAUCAACAUAAAGGAGGUGAUGGACAGCUGGAUUUUGCAGAAGGGGUACCCCAUGGUUACCAUUAGCAAGAAAGAGAGCCGGGGGGACGCUGUAACCAUCCGCCAGGAACACUUUCUCUAUGACACGGACACUAACAUCCACCAUCAUCAACUUAACAGAAGUUUGCAGUGGCAGAUCCCGUUAAACCUGGCAUUGGGAAACUUCAGUCACAUAUCGUCUGAGUCUCUCAUCUGGAUCAUUAAUAAAACAGAGACGCACCGAGUGGGACGUAUAGACGAGGAGACGUGGUUGCUAGGCAACGUCAAUCAGACGGGCUACUUCAGGGUGAACUACGACCUUCACAACUGGAGGCUUCUGAUCCAGCAGCUGAUGAUCAACCCCACAAUCAUCUCAGUGGGGAAUCGUGCUGGUCUAAUGGACGACGUCUUUAACCUGGCCAGAGCCGGCUAUCUCCCUCAGAACCUCCCACUGCAGAUCAUCUGUUAUCUGUCCAAGGAGGACGAGUUCCUGCCCUGGCAUGCUGCGAGCAGAGCGCUGUACCAGCUGGACAAACUGCUGGACCGCACCGAGGACUACAGCCUCUUUAGUAGUUAUGUGUUGAAGCAGGUUGAACUGAAGUAUCAUAAGCUGGACUGGCCAAGGUUAAAAGCAGGCGACUCCCCCAGACAGGCCAUCUAUCAUACCGAUGAGCUCCAGAGGGAGGUGAUCAUGUUGGCCUGUAGUUUUGGGAACAAACAUUGUCACCGGCAGGCCAUGUCGCUCGUCUCUGAGUGGAUCUCCAGCAACAAGAACAGGAUUCCCCCUAGCAUACGUGAUGUGGUGUACUGCACAGGCGUGUCUCUGAUGGACGAAGACAUCUGGGAGUUCAUGUGGAUGAAGUUUCACUCCUCCACCGCCGUCUCCGAGAAGAAGGUCCUGCUAGAGGCCCUGACCUGCAGCGACAACACAUUUCUUCUCCACAGACUGCUGAAUGCGUCUUUAAACUCUGACCUGGUCCCAGAUCAAGACGUGAUCGACGUCAUCAUCCACGUUGGACGCAACCCACACGCACGGCAUUUAGCCUGGAGAUAUUUCAGGGAGAAGUGGGACGAGCUGAACUCCAGGUUUGGCGAGGCUUUAUUUCUUAACUCCAAAUUAAUCAGCGGAGUGACGGAGUUCCUCAACACACAGACAGAGCUCGAUGAGCUGAAGGACUUCAUCCAGACAAGCACUGCUGGAGUUUCCUCGUCCGCGUUCUCCCGAGCACUGGAGGUUGUCCGGGCCAACGUGAAAUGGCAUGAGCGUUAUAGAGAGCGCUUCUUCCAGUGGCUGAGGAAAUCCAGCGACGGCUAAAGGUUCAGCUGCUGCUGAUGUCUUUGCGUAGAUCCUCCGUCACACGUUUGUAACCCAAUUAACCAGAAAGGAGGAUGAGACCAGACGUGAUUGUACAUCCUGAACAUCUGGAGUCCUCUGUUUCCUCCCUGAACAGGAACAAGCAGGAUGAGCAGGAAGUGGACAUGAGUUGCAUGAUGCUUGUUACCUCUACUCUCCUUCACCUGUUUUCUGUUUUGUUAUGUUUUUAAUGCAUGAAGGCAACGAGAGAAGUUUCUACCUCGCACAGAAAGCAGCAGGAGGAGAGCAGGGCAUGGUGUUGUGGUCAUCGGUGUAUAAAGUGGUCGUGUUUUUUUAGGAAGUGUGGUGUUUCUCUUUCUUUCUCAGUGACAAGGGAUAAACAAUGAAGGAGGAGAAAAAGUUUUAUAAACGCUGCUAUGUCAGGGUUGGUUGUCAUGGAAACAAAUCAGGACGGAUUCAGAUAUUUGUUACGUUAGGUGAAUAGUGGAUGUGUACAAAAUUCCAAAAUUCCUGGCUAUUUAUAAUCAUAAUAAUAAUAAUAAUAAUAAUAAAAUGCCCUCAGAAUAAUAUCAAGCAGAUAAUGUUUUACUCGACAACCAGGAUUUGAUUGUUUUCCUACAACAGCACAAGCCUCAGUGUAUUAUUCCUCUUAUACCUCAGCAGCCAGUAUUUAUUUUUUUUUGCCAUGUGGUACUUUUUAUGCAUUUACCGUACCAUAAAUGUUAAACAUUUGACCAAAAUGGUACCACACCAACGCAUACAAAUGCUGUUGCUAUAGAAACAAUAUUAUAUUUGAACUAAUCUAAACUGUUACAGAAAAUAAAACAAUAUCUGGCCAAUGGGAAUCCAGAAUUCAAAACUUCUUUUUCAAAAAUACUUACAUAUUUUCUCUUUGCUUCAAGAAUAAACCCCUAGUUCUGAUAUUAGCCCUUUUAUUUGUACUGUGUUGGGAAAAUGAAA